CACCAGAUGAAUCCACUCUGGCUCCAGGGGUGAUUGAGGACCCAUUUUCUGCAGGUGCUCCUCUCCCAGCCCAGUCAGGGGAAGGUGAGGCUGCCCCUGGGUCCAGUAACCCUCCAGCCUCUCCUGAGCUGCAGAGGCUCAGGGCAGAGAGAACUAAGUUCUCACAGGAGGAGUGCUCGCCUCCAGGCCAGGAGAGGCGAGUCACCUGUGGGCCAGGACCGCCCUAGGCCCCAGAGGAGAUAAAGGCCAGUCAGCCCAGUCCCAGGUUGCGGGAGCAACAUCGCUGGAAACCUGUUUCUGCCAGCACCCUCUCCUGCUCUUCCAGAGUUCCUAACCAUGCCCGGCUUCUUGCUUUGGACCCCGCUUCGCCCUUGGUGGACAGUCUCCAGACACUCGACCCAGGACCGGACUCUGACCACGCCUCACGGUAACCUCCCCCCGGGACCAGCACACCACACUUCAAUACGGGCAGCUUCGUAGGUUCUCGUGCAAACACCACAGGCUUUCUAAGUGUGAAAAGAGGAUCCGCAGCAAAAGGGAACGUCCUAAUCUGGGAGCCCAGGGGCCUCCCCUUCGCCUUUGUGGGCUGAAGUGGCUGUUCUGGCUCCCCUCCAGUUCCCAGCAGCGACCUCACCAGCAACAGCUCCAGUUCUUUAGAAUUCUCUGUCCCUAUUCAGGAAUCACAACUUGUAAAGAACGGAGCCCAGCGGCUCUGUUGCUUCUCCCUUCCCACUCCCCACAUUGCUGCUGCAUUUAUUGCGCUAUAGAUUUUUAUAUCCUUUUAGGGCACUACUUGCCACCCGGGCAGGAAGGUGGUCUUCUUCCCAAAACCCGCCAUCACCCUGCUUGAAGAAGAAGAAGAACUCUGCGCGUCUCAAAAGCUUCCCUUCUCUUCCAUCAGCAAGAGCUAGCUGAGAAGCAGGCCGGUGCUUUUUGCAAUUUUUCCUGGGAAAGUCAGGAUGUGAUUUUCCUCGGACAUAGGCUUUCUCACAGCACUUCCCCUGGGAUCACCACCCUGCUGCUAUCUUGGGUGCUAAAGGGUGCUGGCCGGGAGAGACAGAACUUGCUGCCUUAAAUUGUAUCUUCGUCUUUUGUUGCAUCCUGUUCCUCCCUUUGGAUGAAAGGCAGGCAAAGCAACUUCGCAAUUCACUUUGCCCUUUGCAAAGGCUCUUCUCCCCAUCUAUAACCCCCCUCAAUUUCUUUCUCCCGAGAGACAAUGAAGCUUUUCAAGCUGAGCUUGAGUUGGACUUUCUUCCUUCCUUGGCUGCAGGGUAAGUUUGCUUUCGCUGCUCCCUCUUUGCACCCCCUUUUUCUCCUUGUCCGUAAGAUUAUUAUUUUUACAUACAAAUACUUCCCCUGCAUGGACAGUGUUUCAGUUCGCCUUCGCUGGCUGAUCUGUGUUUGUUUUGAUUGUGAAACGGAUUCUCCUGGCAACGAGAGGUUUUUUUUUAAUGUACCCUUCUCUGUGUGUAUGCAGCUAGGUGACCAUUGAAGGCUAUUUGAAAAGGAGCAACGAAACUGUUCCAGGAAUUCUGGGACCUACAAAUGUUGUUAGGCAAGUCAUGAAUAUGCAAACCGCACAUCCUAAUUUUUUGAGACCCUGCGCAACAAAAUCAAUAGGAGGUUGCAGCUGGACCAGGGAGCGGUCACCUAAAAUCUGUGUGAGUUCAGCCUCCAUGAAACACUGGGUGGCCUUAGGGAAAUCACGAGCUCUCAGUGUAGCCUACCCAGAGCUGUCAACUUUUCCCUUUUCUUGCGAGGAAUCCUAUUCGGAAUAAGGGAAUUUCCCCUUAAAAAAGGAAAACGUUGACAGCUAUGAGCCUACCUCAAAAUAAAGUUGUGAGGACAAAAUGGGAUCUCCCACUGUGUUCAGUCUCAAGGACUUUGCAGGAAGGUGAUAAAAUAAUAAAUAAGCACUCAUAUUUCGGGUUGUCUCCAAUGCAUAUUUUAGCUCUACUAAUUUGGAAGGGGGAAUCUGGGAUAUUUAACUGUUUUAAGCAUUGCACAAAUGUUGGGUGCUUUCUGGGUGGCAAGGAGAGAGCUGGCUUAUUCUUAGUGUUAGCUUCAAUCCUGCACAGUAGUCCGCGAUGCAGUCUGUUCUCCAGAUGUUUUGAACUACAAGGUGCUGGAAAAAGUUGUCAUCCAAAACAUCUGGAGCAUACCAGGUUGGCGUAAUAUGUAGCAGAAUCUGCAAUGGAUGGAGCCCUUCAGAUGUUUCUGGAGUAUCCUCCCUCUUUUUCUGCAAUUUAUGUAUUUAUUUAUUUUGUUCUGUUCAGUCAUCAUUCAAAAAUUAAUUUAAGAACAUACAAAACACUCAUAAACAAAUAUACCAUAUAUAUGGUAUAUCUAUAAACAAAUGUAUAUACCAUAUAUAUCUAUAUAUUGCAUUAUCUCUUCAUGCUAGAUGAUGCAGAUGUUCAUUUUCUUCCAAUGUUUCAAUAGUAUCCCAGCGCUCUCUGUGGUAUCUGAUCUCAACUUUCCUAUCAUACACCUCACUGAUGGAUCUCAUUUCCUUGUGCAAUAUUUUUUGUGAAUGUGUCAUCAAGGCAACCAGUUUUAUACUAAUGCCCCUGCCGCUCCCAAAUCUCAUCAAACAGUUUGGCCUUACAUUUGGUUACUUUCCCUCGUUUUAGCAAGCACAUACCGUAUUUUUUGCACCAUAACACUCACUUUUUUCCUCCUAGAAAGUAAGGGGAAAUGUCUGUGCGUGUUAUGGAAGGAAUGCCUACGGGUGGCAUGCCUACGGAUUUUCCUCCUCUAAAAACUACAUGCGUGUUAUGGUCGGGUGCGUGUUAUAGAGCGAAAAAUACGGUACUUCAGCAAGGAAAUAUUAGCAAAAUAUUAGCCAGCAAUCAGGGCUGUCUAUCAGCAGCUGUAAAUCCCUAAGGCCAACCUUCCCAACCCUGGCAUCUUCCAGAUGUUUUGGACCACAAUUCUGCUGCUGGCCAAACUGAGGGCUGAGGGGAGGUGUAUUCCAAACAUCUGGAGGGCACAAGCUUGGGGAAGGCUGCUUUAGACAUGCCCUCACAGGAUGGCCAACAGGAGAGGCUCCUGGCACCAAUGUAUGGAAACAUUUUUAGAAGAUGAAAUGGGACCACUUUCUCUGCCUGGUGUUCCUCCAUUUUCAGUGGGUGGUUGAGACAUCACCUCAGUCAACCCUCAGCAAAAAAAGCUCCUCUUUUCCUUCUAAAUCCAAAAACUGGGAGGAAUGCAUAUCAGGCGCAUCAGAUUUCCUUUAAGAAAGCAAUCCUUUAAUCUAUUGUGUGUUGUUCCCCAACCUGGAUUCUGUUUAUACUGCAGAUCCGUUGUUUUGGCCUUCCCUGAUACCUCCACAUAACGGAUUGUUCUUGCAAAGGACAGGAAAUUCUGCAGGGCUUGCUGUUUGCUCUGUAGCAACCUUCUCCCCACCCCAGCCCUGCCCCCACCGGGUGCCCCCCUGGAGGUAGCGGGCAGGGUGCCAAAUAAUUUGUUGUCAUUUAAUCGUUUAGUCAUGUCCGACUCUUCGUGAUGCCCUGGACCAGAGCACGCCAGGCACGCCUGUCUUCCACUGCCUCCUGCAGUUUGGCCAAACUCAUGCUGGUAGCUUCGAGAACACUGUCCCACCAUCUCGUACUCUGUCGUCCCCUUCUGCUUGUGCCCUCCAUCUUUCCCAACAUCAGGGUCUUUUCCAGGGAGUCUUCUCUUCUCAUGAGGUGGCCAAAAUCUUGGAGUUUCAGCUUCAGGAUCUGUCCUUCCAGUGAGCACUCAGGGCUGAUUUCCUUAAGAAUGGAUCGGUUUGAUCUCCUUGCAGUCCAUGGGACUCUCAAGAGUCUCCUCCAGCACCAUAAUUCAAAAGCAUCCAUUCUUUGGCGAUCAGCCUUCUGUAUGGUCCAGCUCUCACUUCCAUAUAUCAUUACUGGGAAAACCAUAGCUUUAACUAUUCGGACCUUUGUCGGCAAGGUGAUGUCUCUGCUUUCUAAGAUGCUGUGCCAAAUAAUAUCCCCUUCCAACUGAUGCAAUAUGCCUACAGAGUUUCUCAAACCUGGGUCCCUAGCUGUUGUUGGACUACAACCCCCAUCAUCCCUAGCUAGCAGGGGAAGUUGGGAGUUGUAGUCCAACAACUGCUGGGGGACAGGACUCAAGUUUGAGAAACAACACAGGCGGCAACCUUUUCCAACCUGCUGCCCUCCAGGUGCUUUGGAGUGCAACUCCCAUCAGCCCCAACAAACACGGCUGUGCUGAUGGGAGUUGUAGUCCAAUACAUAUAGCAGACUCGCAUGGCAGGGGGUUGGACUAGAUGACCCCUGGGGAACCCCUUCCGAUUCUGUGAUUCUGUGGCAAUGCGUAUAAAUGCAAUGCAGUUGCUUGGAACAGGCUCCCUCAGGGCUCUCGCUUCGCUGGAGGUUUUUAAGCAGAGGUUGGGUGGCCAUCUGUCAUGGAUGCUUUAGUUGAGAUUCCUGCAUUGCAGGGGUUGGGCUGGAUGACCUUUGGGAGUCCCUUCCAACUCAAUGAUUCUAUUUUACAUGCUGUCCUGACUCAUUUGGAGAAGCAAGGGAACUAUGUGAGAUUAUUAUUUGUAGACUUUAUUUAAUACUAUUAUUCUGCAUUUAAUACUAUUAUUCUGCAUAGAUUGGUGCCCAAACUAUUAGACCUGGGACUUCACCGUGUUUGUGCAGGUGGAUAUUAGAUUUUCUAUCAAACUGUUCCCAACGGGUCAGGAUGGGUUCCCACGUCUCUGCGGAUCUCAUCACAAAUACGGGGACGCCACAGGGGUGCAUGUUGAGCCCGCUUUUAUAUACGCUCUAUACAGCUAACUGUGCCCCCAAAUACCCCAGUAAUAAGAUCAUUAAGUUUGCAGGUGAUACAAAGGUGGUUGGUUUAAUCAUGGCUAGAGAUGGGGAGGAGGCCUAUAGGAAGGAAGCUGAGCAGUUGGGGGAGUGGUGCAGGAAAAACAACUUACUCCUUAACUUAAAGAAAACAAAAGAGAUCAUUGUGGACUUUAGGAAAUGUAAAUUGAAUAUUCAGCCACUCAUUAUUGAGGGGAAGUGUGUGGAACAGGUCUCGGUGUUUCGAUUUCUGGGAAUGGAGUUGAGAGAUCACCUAACCUGGGGAGAAAACAGUAAAGACCUGAUGAAGAGAGCACAGCAGAGGUUAUAUUUUCUGAGAAUCCUCCGGAAAAAUAAUCUCUCAAAGGACCUGUUGAUGGCACUUUACCGUUGUACUGUGGAGAGUGUAUUAACUUAUGGUCUCUAUGUGUGGUUUGGGAGCUGCACGGUCAGGGAAAAAACAAUGCUGUCCAGGGUUGUAAAGACUGCGGAGAGAAUAAUUGGGUGCACUCUUCCCACCUUGGAUCAAAUCUACGCUUCCAGGUGCCAUAAGAAAGCUGCAGAGAUAGCGCAGGAUAGUGGGCACCCCAGAAAUUAUCUCUUUCAGCUCCUGCCUUCUGGAAGAAGGUACAGGGUUAUUAAGACUAGGACUAGCCGCCUGAGAAACAGUUUCUAUCCAAGUGCGAUUUUGGUUUUAAACGCAGUGUAAGGUAGUCUUUGGGACGCGGGUGGCGCUGUGGGUUAAACCACUGAGCCUAGGGCUUGCUGAUCAGAAGGUCGGCAGUUCGAAUCCCCGCGACGAGGUGAGCUCCCAUUGCUCGGUCCCUGUUCCUGCCCACCUAGCAGUUUGAAAGCACGUCAAAGUGCAAGUAGAUAAAUAGGUACCGCUCUGGCGGGAAGGUAAAUGGUGUUUCCGUGUGCUGCUCUGGUUCGCCAGAAGCGGCUUAGUCAUGCUGGCCACAUGACCCGGAAGCUGAACGCCGGCUCCCUUGGCCAGUAAAGCGAGAUGAGCGCCGCAACCCCAGAGUCGGUCACAACCAGACCUAAUGGUCAGGGGUCCCUUUACCAUUACCUUUAAGGUUGUCUCUGUGGGAAUAUAGUGUAUUCAGUUAUGGGGUAUCAGAGUUUGUUGGUUUUUGAAUGUCUGAUGUAGAUGUUUUCAAUUUCGUUGUUCUGUAUGGGACAAUGACAAUAAAGAUUAUCGUAUCGUAUCGUAUCGUAUCGUAUUCUUCCCCAGUGCCGGGAGGCGAUGGCUUCCUCAUCAGGAACGCCCGUUUGCAAAAGUGCAUCCACGCCUCGUCCCACGAAAUCGGAAGGGUUGGUCUGGCCGACUGCAAGCCCCAGUCUGCGCAAUAUCACUGGACCUGGGAUGCCGCCACCCGGGCCAUCGUCCACUGGAAGACCGGGCUGUGCCUGACGGUCCCCAAAGCCCAGGAAUUUGCACCCGCUCAGCUGGAGUCCUGCGGAGGAGACAGGGCGCGCCAAGCCUGGGUGUGCAGCAGGAAAGGCCACCUCACGUUGCAAGGCCUGGGGCUUCACCUCAGCACCAAGCAGGAGGGACACAAGGCCUUCUUGGCCCGAGAGAAGGACAAGUUCAGCAGGUGGAAGACGGAGACGGAGGAGAUCGUCUGCGCUGCAGACCUGGCAGCGGCCCCUGUGCUCAGCAUCCCAGUGGAGGAAUUUGUAGACCCCCAGGUGUGGGUCCCUGAAGGUAAGGCAAAAAGGAUUUGCUUGCAGAAAACCGCUCCCAUCCGUAACCAGGAGCUCUCUUUCCCCCUCGCCACUGAAUGUGGUUAUUGCACUUAGAACCGGCGCUGCAUUGCUGCAGCUAGCUAAACCCAGCAAUGCAUGAGGUGGGAAGCUGCAUCAUGAGGAAUGAUAAUGAUGAUGAUAAUGAUAAUAAUAAUAAUAAUAAUAAUAAUAAUAAUAAUAAUUUAUACUCCACCCAUCUGGCUGGGUUUCCCCAGCCACUCUGGGCAGCUUCCAGCAGAAUAUUAAAAUACAAUGGUUCAUCAAAUGUUAAAAGCUUCCCUAACAGGACUGCCUUCGGCUGCCUUCUAAAAGUCCGUUUGUUGUUUAUUUUCUUCACAUCUGAAGGGAGGGUGUUCCACAGGGCAGGCGCCACUACCGAGAAGGCCCUCUGCCUGGUUCCCUGUAACUUCGCUUCUUGCAGUGAGGGAACCGCCAGAAGGCCCUUGGAGUUGGACCUCAGUGUCCAGGCAGAAUGAUGGGGGUGGAGACGCUCCUUCAGGUAUACAGGACUGAGGGCGUUUAGGGCUUUAAAGGUCAACACCAACACUUUGAAUUGUGCUUGUAAACGUCCUGGGAGCCUAUGUAGGUCUUUCAAGACCGGUGUUAUGUGGUCUCAGCGGCCACUCCCAGUCACCAGUCUAGCUGCUGCAUUCUGGAUUAGUUGUAGUUUCCAGGUCACUUUCAAAGGCGCAUGAAAGUGCAUGUAGAGAGCAUGUAGAGCGCAUUACAGAAGUCCAAGUGGGAGAUGACCAAAGUAUGCACCACUCUGGUGAGACAGUCCACGGGCAGGUAGGGUCUUAGCCUAUGUACCAGAUGGAGCUGGUAAACAGCUGCCCUGGACACAGAUAUGACCUGCACCUCCAUGGACAGCUGUCAGUCCAAAAUGACCCCCAGGCUGCGCACCUGGUCCUUUAGAGACACAGUUACCCCAUUCAAGACCAAGGAGUCCUCCACACCCGCCUGCCCCCUGUCCCCCAGAAACAGUACUUCUGUCUUGUCAGGAUUCAGCCUCAAUCUGUUAGCCGCCAUCCAUCCUCCAACUGCCUCCAGACACUCACACAGGACCUUCACUGCCUUCAUGGUUCCGAUUUAAAAGAGAGGUAGAGCUGGGACGCGGGUGGCGCUGUGGGUAAAACCUCAGCACCUAGGACUUGUCGAUCGCAUGGUCGGCGGUUCGAAUCCCUGCGGCGGGGUGAGCUCCUGUCGUUUGGUCCCAGCUCCUGCCCACCUAGCAGUUCGAAAGCACCCUUAAGUGCAAGUAGAUAAAUAGGUACCACUUUAUAGUGGGAAGGUAAACGGCGUUCCAUGUGCUGCUCUGGUGCUGGUUCGCCGGAGCAGCUUCGUCACGCUGGCCACGUGACCCGGAAGUGUCUGCGGACAGCGCCGGCUCCCGGCCUCUAGAAUGAGAUGAGCGCACAACCCUAGAGUCUGUGUCAGGACUGGCCCGUACGGGCAGGGGUACCUUUACCUAGAGCUGGGUAUCAUCCGCAUAUUGAUGGAUACCCAGCCCAAACCCCCUGAUGAUCUCUCCCAGAGGCUUCAUGUAGAAGAACACAUAUGAUGAUGUUCAUAUGGCAGGAUUUGACAAAGUCCAGUCCCUGAGGAGAGGAUUGUUAAUCUCUAAAGCAAGUGGCUUGAUAGCAAUGAUUAUUACUUACUUAGUUAAUUAGGUAAUUAAAUUUCCAGUUAGAAUCCUCGCAGGAGGAUGAAAUUACCCUCCUCUCUCGCCAAUGCCAGCAAACCCACCAAAUUUGCUCCAGAGGUUUGGGGACCCCCUGGAGCAGAUUUGAGAGGGGCUACAUGGGGAGAGAGGAAGGGGAGACACAUUUGCACAACCUUGGAUAUCACGUGAAACCCCCACCCCUGGCUUUGCCUAGUAUCUGGCCUGAAAAAGAACUCUGGAGGAGUUGGAAGCAUGUGCAUUGUUUUGUGAUAUGACAGCUCCACCUAAUAAACAACAACAACAUAUUAUUUUUACCCCGCCCAUCUGCCUGGGUUUCCCCAGCCACUCCGGGCGGCUUCCAACAAAGAUUAAAACUACAUUAAAAUGUCACACAUUAAAAACUUCCCUGAACAGGGCUGCCUUCAGAUGUCUUCUAAAUGUCAGGUAGUUGUUUUUCUCUUUGACAUCUGGUGGGAGGGCGUUCCACAUGGCGGGUGCCACCACCGAGAAGACCCUCUGCCUGGUUCCCUGUAACUUGGCUUCUCACAGGGAGGGAACCGCCAGAAGGCCCUCGGUGCUGGACCUCGGUGUCCGGGCAGAACGAUAGGGGUGGAGACGCUCCUUCAGGUCUACUGGACCAAGGCCGUUUAGGGCUUUAAAGGUCAGCACCAACACUUUGAAUUGUGCUCAGAAACGUACUAGGAGCCAAUGUAGGUCUUUCAGGACUGGUGUUAUAUGGUCUCGCCGGCUGCCCCAGUCACCAGUCUAGCUGCCACAUUCUGGAUUAGUUGUAGUUUCUGGGUCACCUUCAAAGAUAGCCCCACGUAGAGCACAUUCCAGUAGUCUAAGCGGGAGAUAACCAGAGCAUGCACCACUCUGGUGAGAAAGUCCACAGGCAGGUAGGGUCUCAGCCUGCGUACCAGAUGGAGCUGGUAAACAGCUGCCCUGGACACAGAUUUGACCUGCGCCUCCAUGGUCAGCUGGAAGUCCAAAAUGGCUCCCAGGAUGCGCACUUGAACCUUCAGGGGCACAGUUACCCCAUUCAGGACCAGGGAGUCCUCCACACCUACCCGCCUCCUGUCGCCCAAGAACAUGGAUUGCCCUCAUAUCCCUCUCUCUCCCCCCCUCCAGAUAAAACUACUGCGUUGUCAGAGAUCAGUACCUCCUUUAUAGACACCAGACCCACAUCUCCAGCCAUCGUUGAUGAACCUAAUAUCACCAGCAAUCUUCCAAAGAACGAAGAUGUCAUCCUGGAAGCAGAUGACGGUGAGUACGACAAGCAGGGUGGGGACUUCAGCCUGAAGCACAAAGGGCCAUAGGAUUGCAGAGUUGGGAGGGAACCUGAGGGUCAUCUAGUCUAACCCCCUGCAAUGCAGGAAUAUGCAGCUGUCGAACCUGCAGUCUUGGCAUCAGCACCAUGCUCUAGUCAGCUGAGCUACCCAUGCAGGAUAAAGCAAAUGGUCCCAAGCAAGCCAGAGCUUCCCGUUUCCAGCAGGGCUCAGGGGACUAUCCUCCAGGGCUUGCAGGAAACAGCUCUCCUCAGCAACUGGUAUUCGGAGGUAGACUGCCUCUGAACUUGGAGGUUCUAUUUAGCCACCACAGUUAAUUGCCAGGGAUAGACGCAUGCUCUUCUAUGGGUUUGUGUAAUCCUCUUUCAAAGCCAUGCAAGCCAGUGGCCAGCACUGAAUUAGAUGUUUCUGAAUUAAGCAUUAAUUCUGGGUGCCUUCCAACAGAAUAUAAAACAACGCAGCAGAACAUCACACAUUAAAACCUUCCCGAAACAGGGCUGCCUUCAGAUAUUGAAUAUUCAUCUCCUUGACAUCUGAUGGGAGGGCAAUCCACAGGGAGGGCGCCACCACCAAGAAGGCCCUCUGUAACUUCACUGCUUGCAGUGAGGGAACCUCCAGAAGGCCCUCGGAGCCAGACCUCAGUCUCCAGACUAAAUGCUGGGAGUAGAGAUGCUCCUUCAGGUACACAGCACAAAAUCCGGCAGAAAAGGAGCUAUUAAGCUGUCCUCCUUGCUUGGAUUUAACAUGUCCAAUUUCAACCAGCCUGCCUUCACCCACCUAUGGUUGGAAUCGUGCAGGCUGCAUGCAUGUAAGGUGCAAUUGUGUUGUCAAUAUCACCCUGCUUGUGAAAAUCCUAGCUCACCAGGACAUAGGGUUCUGUAGGCUGCCCUAGACUAUCAUGUUUUUUAACAGGGGCGUCCUCCAACACGUCAAUAGUGCAUUCGUUGUGGAUUUAUAUUGGACCUUCCACACAUAAUUUCGCUCUCUCCAUUGCUCUGCAAUGCUUCUUCAGAGUUACUACAUUAUUGCCAUUUGCAGGCAAUAGGGAUGGAAGAACUUGCCCAUUGCAUUUCUCUCUGUUUCUUAUCUUUCCAAUUUUAAUUUCAGUUCUCCCCAUUUCUGGAGCAAACUGCGAUUUUAAAAACCCUCGUGAAAAUUCACCAGCGUUUUAGUGCAAAGUUCUCCAAGGAAACACAUUUUUGUACGUAGUUUUGAGUGACGUACAUAUUUCUGCAAGCAGUUUCCCCUAACAUAAUGUAUUUUUGUAGGUUAUUUUCACUGCAGGGCCCCUUAAAGUUGAACCUCCUUCAGGUAGACUAUUAUAGGAGCAGGAGUCCUGGUCACCCUAGUGUGAUUUCUUGCCCUCCUCCUCACAGUACCUGCCUGGGCUCCCCGGGCUUGUUCUUGCUGAAAUAGCCAAUCUACACCCGGUGAAUUGCAUGUGGCAUCUCACAGGAGAGAACACUCCUCCAAACAAAACAACAACAAAACAAAAAUCCCUGCACACAGAAGACUAGCAUGCCAAGGACACUUUUCCCUGACACACUGUUUUUCUAUGUGCAUGGAUAUUUUUAUUUUUUUAUGGAGGAGGGCAUGCCUUUGGCAGCACCCUGAAGAAGCCAGGUCCGCAGCCCACCCAGAGGUUGACCUCUGCAGUGACAACAAAUCCUGAGUGUAGCUGACCUGGAAACAAAGGUGCAGAGACGAGCGAAGAACGCGAGAUUUUCUCUUCUUGCUCCGAAUCCUUUAGUUUCAUUCUCCCUCUUUCUCUCCUUGCCAGAAAGGCACAUGCCUCAUAAGAAACAUCAGAGGAAGGGUGCAGCUUCCCGAUCGACAGGUAUGAUGGAUAGCGAGUGGAAAAUGGAAUAUUCACCGUAAUUAUUAUUCUUUUGAAACAAAAAUAAAAAAUAAAAGCCCGUGUUAAAUUCACAAACACAAAAUGUGGUAUUAGCCACUGGCCUGGAUGGCGCUAGGAUUAACUGAACUCAAUAGGGAGCUUAGUAGAGCCUCCCUGGGCAGAGGCAUUGUACCCUGAAAUACAAAGUGAGUUCAGUGGCAAGAGCCACAUGCCCUCAUAGCCGAAUUUCUGGGGUCUGUAUUUCAGUGGUGGGUGGGGCUCAAUUACACACACAUUCAGAUACACCCAUUCUCCUCUGUAAUGCACAUCCAUUCAUUGACUCUCCGCUCCUGCCUCCCCAUAUCCCAGCAAUCCAGCUUGCAGGGGAAACAGUCUGGGAGCCCUACUACCCAACCCCUGCUGCAAUUUCACAGAAUCAUAGAAUUGUUGGAAGGACCCCCUACGGUCAUCUAGUCCAACCCCCUGCAAUGCAGGAAUCGCAGCUAAAGAUGGCUAAUCCAACCUCUUUUUAAGAACCUCCAGCGAAGGAGAGGCAGGCCGUUUCCCCAAAUAUUCCCCACCCACCCACGUGUACGAGGAAACCGCCUUAAGAUGGUAAUACAGGAGAUGUAGGCAGAGCACAGGAAUGAUGUAAUUAAACAUACAGGGUGCAAUGCACUUUCAGGGACCAACUGGAAGACGGUCAUACUUGUCCUGAGCCCGCUGGCCUUUAUCCUGGGAGUGACAAUCCUCAUUCUCAAUAUCCGGUACAACAGGUAAGAGGCCCAUUCAUCCCACAGUGUUACUGUCUCACCAGCAAAGUCUCUGUUUUGCUCCGCUUUCUCUCCUCUCCAUCACAAAGGCCCUGGCUUCCGAUUCUGCCUCCUCUGCUGUAAGUUCCCUCCCUUCUUCCGGGGCCUCAGGCUACAAUGUGGGAGCAAAUAACGCUGACCCACCCCCCAUGGCUGUUGCACAGAUUGCAAGAAGAUAUUAUCUGUUGAGUUCUUGAGCUCUCCAAAGCGCCAUAGGAGUACCAAGCCAGAACGCCUUACUCUAGGUGCGCCCGCUUGAUCGCUUUGAUCUGCGGAACUGACACUAUUACAUGUGCCACAUAUUACCUGUUCCGCAUUUGUAAGAAAAAUGAUCGCUUACUGUUGGACUUUGGAACUCCUUGCCUCUUGACAUCAGGCAGGCGCCUUCACUGCACUCUUUCCAGCACCUGCUAAAAAUAUGGUUUAGACAAAACUACCCAGAAAGUUGAUGCAAGUUUUAAUGCUUUUAGUCUACAGGUAACUCACAUCUUUCACCUUUUUUACUUGCAUGAUCGCAGUUUUGCGCAGGUGGGGGGAAUAAAUAAAUGGAGAGUGGAGCAAACCCACUCUCAUUAUUUGUUUCACCCCAGAGCCCUCACGCUGCCUCCCAAAGUCUCGCAGGGGGACCAAUUCCAAGGGUCUCUGGCUCUACACAUUUUUGCAUAUACAUGUGGACCCCCUGAACUGAACCCUUGUGUAAGAUGCGAGUUAACACUAUUGUUCUUUUAACAAUUUGACAAUCUUAAAUUGUUAUUAAUUCUUCUUGAUAAUUUUCUUUCUUUUUUGCAAACUGCUGUGAGGGCUUUUCUUUUAAAAACAGCCGAGCGGUGUAUGCAUUUUAGAAAAUAGAAUAAAAUUAAAAUAAUGCAGUUUACUCUAGUGACCAAAACCACCAGGUUGCAAAGAAUUGAGUGUUUGGUGGUAACUGCAGUGAGGACACUUCUCUACUGGCAUUUCAUAAGAGUUUAAGAGGAGCUCUAAUUUUUUAGUAAGUACUUUCCUUGAAAAUAACCAAGCCUGCUGCCCUGAUAAUCAGGAUUGGGGAAACCCAGUCAGAUGGGCAGGGUACAAAUAAUUUAAUUAUUAUCAUCUUUCAAAUGGAUCAAAACUGAUUCAUCAGUUCAACUUCGUGGAUGCCUUCAAUUGGCCCCACAGAAUAUUCAAGACACCACUUGCCUAAUAGGCCUCACAGGUACUGUGCAAAUACCAUCCUGAGUCUCUCAGUAAUUUCAAAGCAUAACCUGCUGCUGCUUCCUGCUUUAGGAAGAAGCGGAAGCAGAAGCUGUCUCCUUUGAAGAGCUGCCGCGUGGUUCACGAGGAGCGGCCACCCUUACCUAGGGCACCUAGCCCCAGCCCCAAGGGGCAGAUCAUCCCAGCGUCCCCCACUCCUUCACUGAAACAUGGCGAAAUCCUGAUUGAAUGGAAAGAUGGGACAGUCACACCGCUCUUCGACAACAUGAACUAUCAAAUAUGCUGAACGUGACGGGCGCUGACUCUGUUGCUCUCAAAGCAAGCGUUUCUGGUAGGGUUCAUUUGACCAAGGUCCAUGCAGCCAAUUUCAUUAGACUAACAGUCCUGAUAAGAAAGCAGGUCACUUAAGAUAAUUUUCUUAACAAUCAUAUCUGCACUGCACAGCUAUGCAGCUAGGCAGAGAGCUUUGCUUUGUCUCAAAAUGUACAGCCAGGGUUGCCUGCAUUAAGAAACAGCCGAGAGGCUAGGCUAGGUUGUGCUUGCUGCUCUGAGAUGGUACAGUCCUCGCACAGGGGAUGUAUUUGCAUGAUAUCUAAUUCUGGAUCAGGCAGGUUAGUUGUCAAGCACCCCCAUGCGGGUGGCAGGUAGGUCAAGAUGGCAUCUUCCCAUCUCACGCUACUGUGGUACAGUCCUCCCAUUAGAACCAGUCAGCCUCAGAAAUGCAAGUAUGAAAUCAGCCUCUGAAAGGACCACCUCGAUGGAGAUCAUUUACAUCACAGUUCAAGUCCUUGUGCUUCUUACUGUAUGACUGCAAAGGGCUUUUUCCAGUCCACACUGGGUGUGGCGAGCCUGAGACAACACUGGAGAAAAGGGUUGGGAUAUCUGUGCCUAUGUUGGACCUAAAAGAGGAGGACAGCAGCAACAAACAAGAACCAGCUUUUUGUGCAAGGUCACCUUGGGGCAAUCUUUACUCACCCCAAGGUUUGCAAGCAGUGAAGGAGCAUUAGAAUGCAGCUGUAUAUAGAACUUUGCAUUCGGUUAACACAGCCCUUUCUGGGAGGCUAACAAAUACGGUCUCCUUGGCUAUGGCUUAGCUUCUAAUAAGGACAUACCAGGCAUUACAGAAUGAUGCAGGGAUGUUAGUUCCUUGCUUGGAAGUUUUUCACUCUCCAGGUCUUCUCUAACCCUGAUGCUUAGGGCCACACCUCCCAUUAUCACUCACUAUUGGCCACGGCUGCUGGGAGAUAGCGCUCAAAACCUAUAGGAGGGCACCAGGUUGGAGAAGACUGCUCAAGAAAGAAAGAGGUUUGAGGGAAAGCUGAGUGAUGAGCAGCCCCUUGGGCAAGAGGAUGCACAAGGGAGAGUGAGCUGUUCUUAAGGACUCUGUAGCUUGCUUUACUCAUGUCCGGUUUUCAAAGGCAAGCUGUGGCUCCCGAAAGCAAUGUGCAGUAUUAAAACCAUAGUGAUACAAUGACAUCCUUAAAAAAGAAGAGGCAACUGAAUUCUUCUACUGUGCAUGACACGCAUUCCUAGUCACUCUUGGCAGAUAUUAACUGGAGCAUGCUGCUGCUCCCAGCUUGAUUGUUCUGGAUGUCACUAACUCCAGCCCGAUACCCUCUGCCUUCACUCAAGCGGCUUGUUUUAAACCAGGCUCAAAAUAAAGGACUAAACCUGAAUGGGGAUUAUUUAUUUUUUAACAAAAAGCACACAUCCGCACACAGAGAAUUGAUCAUGAGACAUGCUAGUUUUGUGCGAUCACUGUACAAGGGAUUUCCUGUUCCUGACAUGGAUUUUCCUCAACUCGCUGUAAACUAAGCGGAGUCCAGUGGCCUACAGGCAAGACCUGACUUGACCUGUGGGAUGAAUGGAUGGACUUCUGCCCAAAUUGCAGUACUGCAGUAGCACUGGGGACGGCAUUGGUGCAGAGAGGACAUCUGUGCCACACGCAGGAACAUUAGCAAGCUCUUGAGCUUCUGUGCUUUGUCAGAAAGGGGUGUGUGUGUAGCAGCGCGAUCAUGUCGACACGUAUUUUAUUAUUUUUAUAUCCCGCCUUCUUCCCUCCAAGGAGCUCAAGGUGACGUACAUGGUUCUCUCCUUUCCCAUUUUAUCCUCACAACAUACCUGUAGGGUAGGUUAGGCUGAGAUGUAGCGAGUGGCCCAACGUCACACCCAGCAAGAUUUAAGACUGAGUGAGGAUUUGAACCCUGGCCCUAGCCGGAAACUCCAGCCAUGAUACCAGUCCUGGCUCAAAGGCAACGAUGGAAGCCCACAAAGGCGUUAAGACAAGGAUAUUGGGGUCAGGAGAAUGGCUAGACUUUGUCUAUGCGAACCUCCUCUGUAUCACAUAUGGGCAAACUGCUUGUGGCCCUUGCAGGACUUCAGCCUGCGAGGGCAGAGGGUGGGUUUCUUACAUGUGCCUAAUUUGUCCCCGCUGCUGCUACAAGUUUAUACAAAUGCGUAAGACACUGCCUUGCUGGAUCAGACCAAAGGUCCAUCUAGACCAGCAUUCUGUUUCCAACGACACACAAAUGCCUCUAGGAAGCUGACAAGCAGCCACAACGUCGACGAGUGUGUCUCUCUCUACUAUUUGCUGCCUGCCUCUGAACCUGCCACUUGGUUAGCGUGGCUAACAGUCCUUGAUAAAACUCUCCUCCAUGAACAUCACUGAGUGCCACAAACGUUAGGUUGCAUCCACACCCUGCUUCGCCAAUUGUCAAUGCCCAGUAUAAAGGCUCAGCAUAUAACUUAUAGAGGCUAUUUUGAAUUCUGCUCGCGCUAAACAUCCCUCUCUAAGAAUUCGGGGGUGUGGAAACAUCCAUGCUUUAAGUAGCUUGACAUAAUUAAAGUGCAUCUUUAAGAUUUUUGCAUUUCCCCCCUAGUAUUCUCUGCUUUUAUUUUUAUGGAAUCGUCAGUUAAACUUUCAGCUAAAAAAAACAAAACAAAACCCCAUUCCUGCAUCCCCUGGAGCAUUCAGCCUUUGGAGCAGAGAAAGUUGUGUGCUUCCCUAAAGGCGCCUUGCAUGUCCUUGAACUCUGCAAGCCUGCAAGCCUCAUUGAGGGUCAGCCAGCAAAAGGCCUGGUGCUCCGAUGAGAGCUUGACCUCCGUGUUGUUGUCCUUCAUUUCAGCCAGCCAGUAGAUGACGGUUUUGGCUUUGCCAUUCACAGUGUAGUUCAGCUCCUUUUUAAACCCGUCAAUGAUGGUGAACUGAGUGGAGUUCAGCCCAGCCUCCUCCUGCGUCUCCCGGAGGGCGGUCUGCAGGUCAUCUUCCCCAGGAUCAACAUGGCCUGGCACGAGGAAAGGAAAGCAGAAUUUUCAGGAAAGCAGAAACAAGGGGCUCUGCUUUUUAUCUUCUCCUGACACUUGGUUCUAGAAAAAGGAAGUGUUUUAUGGUUGGCUCCAAACAUCACCAUGCUUUACUGCAGAGGUGGCUGCAUUUAAUGUGUCUCCAACAUAUUUACAGACCACCUCAUCCUCAGGGCUUUGGACAGGUAGCAAGCAAAGUCGGAACCAUUCUAAAUGAACACUUUCCAGAUUUAAAUCUGAGCACCAAAGGCCAGUUUAAACAGAGGAAGCUGCCUUGCGCCAAACCAGACUAUCUGCAAAUUCAACUCAAUUCUUUUCUACUCUGACAGUCAGAAAUGGCUCUCCAGGCUCCUUCUCAGCACUUGCCACCUGAUACUUUUUUGAAAUGGGAGAUUCUGGGAUUGAGGCUAGGAUGAACAGGGGCUUUCUGCAGGCCCACUAUUUCCUUUUCACACGCUUGCUGUCUGCAACUGACACAGCAAAGGCCUAAUGGGUCACAAGUAAAGAGACAGCAUUUAAGGUAUGUCAGAUCUAAGCCAUUUAUUCACUGAAACAUUAACUAGCAGCACAUAAGCUGUGGCCUUUUAGAAGUGGGUGAGAUGUUUUUAAUAUAUUUCCUUUUCCUCUUGGUUUUAAUGUGUUUACGUGGGAUGUUUUGUCUGCUUGUUUGGUUGUAAGCCACUUCGGGUUGCCCUGGAUUAGAUAGAUCGAUAGAUAGUAAGGCAGUGAUGGUCAACCUGCAGCCAUCUUGAGUCAGGAACGAUGAGAGUUGUAGUUUGGCAACAUCUGAAGGGCCACAGAUUAGUCACCCCUGAGUUUAAGGUUUGCAAUGGUCACUAGUGCAAAACUAGGAGUAUCACUGCCAUAAAAUAAAGGAAAAUGCUACACUUAACUUAUUUUGAGGAAAGUGAGUAGGGCUGGGCAAUUUAUCAAUAUAUCCAAAACCGGUUUGAAGUCCGUAUCAUGACAUUGGUUUCAUCACUUUUUACCUAGCAAUAUAUCAUGAAUGUGUGGGAUUGCUACGCAAAAAUCACAAUACCGUAUGGGGGAAAACUGUAAAGUCAGCCAGUGGCUCUGCACAGCUUUAUGCAUAUUUCAGACACUGUUAUAUAUCAGGGUGUCGUGAUGUUUAGCUUGUGAUAUAUCGUGAUGUUGAAAACUAAGUAUUGCCUGGCCCCAAAAGUGAGUUGAACAUGGGGAAAAGCACAUCUGGGGAAGGCGGCUAUCCUUGCCAGCUACACCAUUAUUUCUAACACAAAGAUCCCAUUUUCAGUCAGGUAUAAAUAUAGCCUGUUUUCAAGCUAGCUUUAGCAUUCCCUGAGAAAAGUCAGCCUUUGCUUUCACACAGAUAUAUUAUGGACAGAAAUAUAAACACAGCAAGCCACAUGGGGUCUAAGAAAAACAAAGGCAACAUAAAUAAUGCCUAGGCCAGAGCUCCUGCUCUGAAAUAUCAUAAACAGCCAGCCAAGGAGUCUUAUCUGUAACACAGCGACUCCAAGAGCAGUUUCCAGGAAGCAACAGUCCAAAGAAGACUCAAGAGUCAAGGGGAAAGGACUUCUGAAGUCACAGCAGAACGGCAUGUAUCACACCAUGUCAACAUUAUUAUUAUUCACUUGCAAAAUACAAGAAAAACAUGCACUUGUCUUAAAAUACAGAUGGAUUUAAUUCAGCCAUAGGCAAACUCGGUCCUCCAGAUGUUUUGGGACUACAAUUCCCAUCAUCCCUGACCACUGGUCCUGUUAUCUGGGGAUCAUGGGAGUUGUAAUCCCAAAACAUCUGCACGGCCAAGUUUGCCAAUGCCUGAUUUAAUUCCUUGAUCAGUUGACAGCCCUGUUGAGAAUCUCUCUGAAGUUGCUAGAUACCAUAAAAACUUAUGACACACCUUUCGGAGGGGUCCAGUGAUGAGACCCAUAGGAUGUCUGCAGGAGAAGGUACUCAAUGUUGUUCCCAGCAGCAGAAGCAGACGAUGUCUCACGCAGUUUCCUGAAGAUAAUCAAGCCACAUGCUCUCAAUGACAUGAUUGUCCUGUCCAGAACAAGUACAAAUGAGAGGUAUUAGUAAGUGCAAAGUCGUGGUGGGGAUAGUCCUACAGUGAGCCAAAGUAAGGUUGGGCGGGACUGGAGAGGCUAGACCUGUGGGUCACAGCGAAACUCCAUAUCUGACCAUGAGCCAUGGGAGUUGCAGUCCAAAACACCUGGAGGGCACAAGGUUGGGGAAGUCUGCCUUUGAGUGUUUAGCUGAUCGUUCUUAAGAAUCUUCCUAAUUUCACAGGGUUCCUGAUUUGUGGGUGGGAGCUUCUAAGUUCUUCUGAGAAUCCUCCUAAAGAACUUCCUGCUCAAAUGCAGAAAUGUCCUGAUUGGAGCAGGAGGAUCUGGCAAAUUCAGGGACACUGGGGUUGGCAGUUGUGCCCCACAAAUCCAAUAUAAUUUAUUCCACUGGGGUGGAAACACUUCCAGUGCUUUAUUUUUCCAUGGAAGGUUUUUAUUUAUUAAAUUUGCAUACCAUCCAAAGAGCAGAGGCAGUUCACAACAUAAAAUUACAAAAUGAGAACACAAAAUACAUUAUAAAAGAAAAACAAACCAAUAACACUCCUCUCACAAACAUAGGUCAUAGAAUGUUAAUCAGCCAAAGGCCUGGUUAUGGAGAAAUGUUUUUGCUUGGAGCCUAAAGAUAUAUAAUCUUGGGGAGAGCAUUCCACAAAUGGGGAGCCACUGCAGAAAAGCCCCAGUCUAGUGUUGCCAUCCUCCACCUCUCUUGGGGGAGGCACACAAAGAAGUGCCUCAGAUGAUGAUCACAGGGUCUGGGUCAGUUCAUAUGGGGAGAGGCGGUCCUCGAGAGACAAUCCUGAACUGUUUUAAGGCUUUGUGUCAAAACCAGCUAAUUGGUAGCUAGUGCAGCCGAGCCAGGAUCAUUGCAAAAAAACCCCAUCUUGUCCCGGUGAACAGCCUGGUUGCCAAAAUCUGAAUGAACUGAAAUUUUCAAACCAUCUUCAGAGGCAGCCCCACUUAUAACGUGCUGCAGUAAUCUAAACCAGAGAUUACCAGAGCAAAAAUAACAGGCUGUCCCUGUCCAUGUAGGGGCACGGCUGGGCUACUAGCCAAAGCUGAUGGAAGGCACUCCUUGCUACUGAGGUCAUGAGCCUCAAGCGACAGCAAUGGAUCCAGAAGCGUGCCCAAGCUACAUGCCCACUACUUCAAGAAUGGGCCAUUUCCCAUCAAUCCAGUCUAGGGAACCACCCACUUACAGUGCCUCAGUCUUAUUUGGAUUGGGCUUCAUUAGCAACAAUGAACAGAUACCAACUGCAAAUAGGAUGUUAGGCAAGAUUGGCAGUCUUAAAGUUGUGAUUAAUGUUUUUUAGGUAUUAUCCCUAACAAGCAUGUGAGUUAGCAUAUCAUGCACCAUUCUCUGGGUACCAGGCUGGCGAAGUACUAAUGGAAAGAUAGUCUUUUAAAGUCAGUAUUUUUAUGUAUUUUAAGUAGGUCCCCCUCCUUCAUUUUGCUGCUUUAAAUUGCCUUGGUCGCAAUCAAAACAUGCUGCUUCCACCUCAAGCUGCAUUACAACUAUGAUGGCAAAUCAUGAUUACGGAACAAUUUUAGAUCAGAGGGGUAGACGAGUGAGUCUGCUGCAGCCAGAACAUCAGUCUUGCGACACUUUGAAGACAUUAAUAACUUUUAACAUGGCAUAAACAGCUCACUUAAUCAGAUCCAGGAAGUGUUAUACUGAGUUGAAGGCAUUCAUAUCUACAUUGUUGGAAGGGUUGUGUAUGUGCAAUUACAAAGUGGGGUCAAAAGGAAAUGAAAACCAGAGAAGUACAGGGGAUUAUAAUUGCACUAUUAACCUUGGACAUUCACUGUUAAUUUAUUUACUGACUUUUCACUGGUCUGCAUUUUCAUUUACCUCUGAUAUCACUGAUUACUAUUCCCAAGACCAGGGCCUUGUGGUCCCUUCCAACCCUAUAAUUCUACAAUCAACAAUAUUACCAUAAUUAAGAUAUCAAUUAACAACAUUGCUGUCAUUAUUAACAAUAGCAUUGCUAUUAUUUGAGUAUAUAACUAAAUUGUGUGGAGCAAAAAAAGCAGUCAUUAAGAUAUGAAGCAAAUAGUAACUAAGUAAACAAGUUAUGUAGAGCACCAGAUUAUUUUGAUAAUCAUAAAUAAGAAUAAAAAUGUACAAACCCACCCCCAAGACCAUUCCAUUGUAACUAUCCAACCUCCCAAAAUUUCAACACCUCUUGCGAUGGUUUGACCCUUUUGUUUUAACAGUACAAAUUCUAUGAACACCCUCCAUAUCUCCUCAAAACCAUUUCUCCUGCAUAUUCCCUAUCUUAAUGGCACAUUAAUUAAAUAGCUAUAAUUAAUAGCUAUAUCCCACACCUCUUUAUACCAUUCUUCCAUUUUAUAUUCUGCUUGCCCCUUCCUCUUCCUAGCUAGAAUAAAUUUGUGAGCAAGUCCUUCAUAGGCUGCGAACCUUCCACCCCAUCGUAAAUUGAUAAUAAUGCUACCUCUGGACUUUCGGUUAACUUUAACUCAGUGAUUUCUAUUACCUCCUUAGAGGAUUAUUAUUAAGAUAGUGAGCAAAUAACAAACUUUUAGGUGAAUAACUGCAAACUAAUGAAACACGAGAAUGCAGUGCUGCUGCUGUUGUUAUUGAGAUAUGAAGGAGGAGAUCUUGAUGAGUUAUUGCUAUUAAUUCACCAGAUUGUGAGGAGAAUUAUUAGGACUGUUUAUUCUUAAAAAAUCAGGUUAUUAUUAUUUCUUAAGGUAUUGAAGGAAUAUUCUGAUUACGUGAAGCAGGAAGAGGAGCAGCUCAGGGGAGCGGGGACAGGCGCGCGGCCUCUUCCAGGCCGGACUAGCGAGCGCUGACUGGAGCUUCUCCAACUUCCCCAGCCGUGACCGCUUCCCUCGCCUCGAGGCAGCCCGAAU